CGGCUCGUCUUCGAGGACGCACGGAAGGCACAGCGCGCGCCUUAUCAGUCUGCCCUCCCUCCCGUCUCUCCGCCAUUAUUCAUUAUUAUCCCCUUGUUUUUCUCCUGCUAGCCCCACAGGUCGCUACGGCGCUGGAGACUUCAACCCGUUUUCCGCCGUUUGGUUUACAGAGGAGAGGCAGCCCCCCCUCCCUUUCCUCCUCUCCUCUCCUCGUUGCUGCUCCCUGCCAGACAGAGACAGACAUGCUGCUCCACGCUUCCCGCCUCCUCUCCCCUCCGGGACCCGUGAGGUCUGCUGAGACCAUAAAGGGUUAACUCUCCUCCAGACUAACCAACGUGACCAGAGUGACGGGACCUGUAACUGACCACAACGUGACCAGAGUGACGGGACCUGAAACUGACCACAACGUGACCAGAGUGACGGGACCUGUAACUGACCACAACGGCAAUUUCUCCAAUCGUGUUCCCUGUUGUCAUGUUCGAUCUGACCAGGUCCAUCUGUGUAGAGAACGGUCUAACCAGGUCUAGUGGUAUAGAGAACGGUCUAACCAGGUCUAGUGGUAUAGAGAACGGUCUAACCAGGUCUAGUGGUAUAGAGAACAGUCUAACCAGGUCUAGUGGUAUAGAGAACGGUCUAACCAGGUCUAGUGGUAUAGAGAACGGUCUAACCAGGUCUAGUGGUAUAGAGAACGGUCUAACCAGGUCUAGUGGUAUAGAGAACGGUCUAACCAGGUCUAGUGGUAUAGAGAACAGUCUAACCAGGUCUAGUGGUAUAGAGAACGGUCUAACCAGGUCUAGUGGUAUAGAGAACGGUCUAACCAGGUCUAGUGGUAUAGAGAACGGUCUAACCAGGUCUAGUGGUGUAGAGAACGGUCUAACCAGGUCUAGUGGUAUAGAGAACGGUCUAACCAGGUCUAGUGGUAUAGAGAACGGUCUAACCAGGUCUAGUGGUAUAGAGAACGGUCUAACCAGGUCUAGUGGUGUAGAGAACGGUCUAACCAGGUCUAGUGGUAUAGAGAACGGUCUAACCAGGUCUAGUGGUAUAGAGAACGGUCUAACCAGGUCUAGUGGUGUAGAGAACGGUCUAACCAGGUCUAGUGGUGUAGAGAACGGUCUAACCAGGUCUAGUGGUGUAGAGAACGGUCUAACCAGGUCUAGUGGUAUAGAGAACGGUCUAACCAGGUCUGGUGGUAUAGAGAACGGUCUAACUAGGUCUAGUGGUAUAGAGAACGGUCUAACCAGGUCUAGUGGUAUAGAGAACGGUCUAACCAGGUCUAGUGGUAUAGAGAACGGUCUAACCAGGUCUAGUGGUAUAGAGAAUGGUCUAACCAGGUCUAGUGGUGUAGAGAACGGUCUAACCAGGUCUAGUGGUGUAGAGAAAAGUCUAACCAGGUCUAGUGGUGUAGAGAACAGUCUAACCAGGUCCAUCUGUGUAGAGAACAGUCUAACCAGGUCUAGUGGUGUAGAGAACGGUCUAACCAGGUCUAGUGGUAUAGAGAACGGUCUAACCAGGUCUAGUGGUGUAGAGAACGGUCUAACCAGGUCUAGUGGUAUAGAGAACGGUCUAACCAGGUCUAGAGGUAUAGAGAACGGUCUAACCAGGUCCAUCUGUGUAGAGAACGGUCUAACCAGGUCUAGUGGUAUAGAGAAUGGUCUAACCAGGUCUAGUGGUGUAGAGAACGGUCUAACCAGGUCUAGUGGUAUAGAGAACGGUCUAACCAGGUCUAGUGGUAUAGAGAACGGUCUAACCAGGUCUAGUGGUGUAGAGAACGGUCUAACCAGGUCUAGUGGUAUAGAGAACGGUCUAACUAGGUCUAGUGGUAUAGAGAACGGUCUAACCAGGUCUAGUGGUAUAGAGAACGGUCUAACCAGGUCUAGUGGUGUGGAGAACAGUCUAACUAGGUCUAGUGGUAUAGAGAACGGUCUAACCAGGUCUAGUGGUAUAGAGAACGGUCUAACCAGGUCUAGUGGUGUGGAGGAUGGUCUAACCAGGUCUAGUGGUAUAGAGAACGGUCUAACCAGAUCCAUCUGUGUAGAGAACGGUCUAACCAGGUCUAGUGGUAUAGAGAACGGUCUAACCAGGUCUAGUGGUAUAGAGAACGGUCUAACCAGGUCUAGAGGUAUAGAGAACGGUCUAACCAGGUCUAGUGGUAUAGAGAACGGUCUAACCAGGUCCAUCUGUGUAGAGAACGGUCUAACCAGGUCUAGUGGUGUAGAGAACGGUCUAACCAGGUCUAGUGGUAUAGAGAACGGUCUAACCAGGUCUAGUGGUGUAGAGAACGGUCUAACCAGGUCUAGUGGUGUAGAGAACGGUCUAACCAGGUCUGGAGGUAUAGAGAACGGUCUAACCAGGUCUAGUGGUAUAGAGAACGGUCUAACCAGGUCUAGUGGUAUAGAGAAUGGUCUAACCAGGUCUAGUGGUAUAGAGAACGGUCGAACCAGGUCUAGUGGUGUAGAGAACGGUCUAACCAGGUCUAGUGGUAUAGAGAACGGUCUAACCAGGUCUAGUGGUAUAGAGAACGGUCUAACCAGGUCUAGUGGUGUAGAGAACGGUCUAACCAGGUCUAGUGGUGUAGAGAACGGUCUAACCAGGUCUAGUGGUAUAGAGAACGGUCUAACCAGGUCUAGUGGUAUAGAGAACGGUCCCAGUCAAUACGACCAUAGCGUUCACAGCCACUCCUCAACCACAACCACAAACGGUCACAACCACCACGGUCAGUGCUGUGCGGUCACCAUGGACGGUUGUGGUCUAACCCCGGUCUUGGACUAUACGGCUGAGAUGGAGCGAUACCGAUCUUUCGCUAACUUCUAUGCUAAAACUAACGUGAACAUGAACGCUGUUAACAGCAUGAAUUUCCCUCAGUCGGCCAAGCUCGCCCGAAUCACUCCUCCCAUGUUCCCCGGCGGCAGGCUUGGCGUAGCGGGAGUGACGCCUUGGGGCUGCCAUGACAACGUCAACAUGAACAUCAAUGCAGCGGCGAUGCUGUGGGGGCGGAAACCUCCCGUACAUCAGGCCACACCCCUGGCUCCUCCCACAACGCACCCGCCGCCCUUGGCAACGCACAUGCAGCCCCACCCCCACCGGACCGGCGGUGAGGGGAAGCAGCACGGAGGACAUGCCUCCUCCUCACAGGGACAGGAAACACAUCAUCACCACGGGAAUAACAACUUCCUGUCGGGCUACACGACCACCGAUCACAUGACAAAACAAGGCCACACCCACCAGGACAUGCUCAGCCUAUCAGAUCGCAACAGCAGCUGCAAUGGAGGAGGAGGAGCCAACGGGGUCAACAUGCCCAACUUCCCCGCUGGAAUGUUGGGGUUACCACCCGGGGUCAUCGUCAUGGCGAUGGGGUCGCACAAUGGCGUCAACAUUCCAGACUCGUCCCACUUCCAGAUGGCGACCAACCACAACCAGAUGCUAUCGGACUGCCACCACGCCAACCAGACUAACUCCUCCCCCUGCCCCUCGACUUCCCCGGGGAUGACCUCUGGGGGUCAGGGGUCAGGAGCCUCCAAGAGGAAGAGGAAGCGGUGUGGAGUGUGUGCCCCCUGCAGAAGACUGAUUAACUGUGGGGUGUGUUCAGCCUGUAGAAACAGGAAGACAGGUCAUCAGAUCUGUAAGUUCAGGAAGUGUGACGAACUGAAGAAGAAGGCUGGGAGUAUACAGCUAGAGAGUCCUCCCUCGGUGCCCAGUGGAGAAGCUUUCAGAUGGUUCUUCUAGAGGUCAAACAACAACUCUUGAAAAGCUGAAGAUGUGAAAAUGAGAACUCCUGCUAGUCUUUACUAGUCUAUAACUAGUCUAUAACUAGUCACUUGUUUCAAUUCUUCACCUCAUGACUGGUUCCUCUCUCACCAUAGAAAUAGAGUCUUAUAGAACUGGCCCCUCCACCCCUUCUCCCAGUCAGUGAUGUCGUGAUGGGGCCUGAGAUUCUGUCUCUUAUACUCUCUACCUCCUUCCACAACAACAACAACAACAGUGUUCUAACUCUUGUAGCCCAGUCAGUCCGAUGUGUUUUCACGACAUACAGUACAUCGCAUUGCAGCGGAACAGAAACCUUUAGAACCCAGGAGGUUCCUCCUUCAUGUUCUGAUGUUUAACAACUGCGAACCUGACUGGAGCUGUCACAGAACCUGACUGGAGCUGUCACAGAACCUGACUGGAGCUGUCACAGAACCUGACUGGAGCUGUCACAGAACGUUUCCUGGGAAACAUUUAAGGUUGUGUGCUCAAACGGAACCCUCUUCCCUGUAAAGUUUGAUUUGGACAUAUACUAUAUUAUAUAGUGUGUUAUACUUACGCUAUAUAGUGCAUUGCUUUGAAUGUAGUGCAUUGUGGAGGGAAUAGGAUACUGCCUGGUACCCUUUUCGUUGAAUUAAGCCCCUCCUCUCUAACUGCCUGGGACCCUUUUCGUUGAAUUAAGCCCCUCCUCUCUAACUGGCUGGAACCCUUUUCGUUGAAAAAGCCCCUCCUCUCUAACUGGCUGGGACCCUUUUCGUUGAAUUAAGCCCCUCCUCUCUAACUGCCUGGGACCCUUUUCGUUGAAUUAAGCCCCUCCUCUCUAACUGCCUGGGACCCUUUUCGUUGAAUUAAGCCCCUCCUCCCUAACUGGCUGGAACCCUUUUCGUUGAAAAAGCCCCUCCUCUCUAACUGGCUGGGACCCUUUUCGUUGAAUUAAGCCCCUCCUCUCUAACUGCCUGGGACCCUUUUCGUUGAAUUAAGCCCCUCCUCUCUAACUGCCUGGGACCCUUUUCGUUGAAUUAAGCCCCUCCUCCCUAACUGCCUGGGACCCUUUUCACUGAAUAAGCCCCUCCUCUCUAACUGCCUGGGACCCUUUUCACUGAAUAAGCCCCUCCUCUCUAACUGCCUGGGACCCUUUUCACUGAAUAAGCCCCUCCUCUCUAACUGCCUGGGACCCUUUUCACUGAAUAAGCCCCUCCUCUCUAACUGGCUGGGACCCUUUUCACUGAAUAAGCACCUCCUCUCUAACUGGCUGGGACCCUUUUCACUGAAUAAGCACCUCCCCUCUAACUGGCUGGCACCCUUUUCACCGAAUAAGCCCCUCCUCUCUAACUAGCUGGGACCCUUUUCACUGAAUAAGCCCCUCCGCUCUAACUGCCUGGGACCCUUUUCGAUUAAUAAGCCCCUCCUCUCUAACUGGCUGGGACCCUUUUUUGUCAAAUACGCCCCUCCUCUCUAACUAGCUGGGACCCUUUUUGUCAAACACGCCCCUCCUCUCUAACUGCCUGGGACCCUUUUCACCAAAUAAGCCCCUCCUCUCUAACUGGUUGGGAUCUUUUCAUUGAAUACGCCCCUCCUCUCUGACUGGUUGGGAUCCUUUCAUUGAAUAAGCCCCUCCUCUCUAACUGGCUGGAACCCUUUCAUUGAACAAGCCCCUCCCCUCUAACUGGCUGGGACCCUUUCAUUGAACAAGCCCCUCCUCUCUAACUGGCUGGGACCCUUUUCAUUGAACAAGCCCCUCCCCUCUAACUGGCUGGGACCCUUUCAUUGAACAAGCCCCUCCUCUCUAACUGGCUGGGACCCUUUCAUUGAACAAGCCCCUCCCCUCUAACUGGCUGGGACCCUUUCAUUGAACAAGCCCCUCCUCUCUAACUGGCUGGGACCCUUUCAUUGAACAAGCCCCUCCUCUAACUGGCUGGGACCCUUUCAUUGAACAAGCCCCUCCUCUAACUGGCUGG